AUGGCGUGGAUCACUGGACGCGGUGCGCACUGGACAGCGUGGUGUGCUCUCGUUACGCUGCUGUGGGCAGGUGAUGCAGCCGCGCAGGGGUUUGACAGCUACGGAUUAUCGUACGCGUUACGCACCGAGCUCUCAGAGGACACGAUUCUGGUGGCGAACAACGGUUUACGCGCGCCGUUCGGGAGAUCCGUGUUCAUCGAUCCCAUUAACGAUCUGGUGAUUCAAGUGCAGCCCGGGGAUAGGUGCAGCAUUACAGUUUUGGACAAUGAUCCGUUGUCCCAGAGACCCGGGCACCUGUCUCCUAAAAAGUUUCCGUGCGAAUUCGGGCCAAACGAUGUCAAAUAUUCGCACUUUGGCUCGAGGAGUCCUCCGAGGGAUAGAGUCAGGUUACAACUCAGGUAUGACACGCAAACUGAUACGAUUAUAAUCCCGUUUAUGAUUGAAGUUGAAGUGGUUUUCACGCAGCUGGAGGCCAAAAAUCUACCGCUGACUGUCGAGAGGCUACUUGGCACCAGUAACCCCAUCGACAAAAGAAUACUGGAAUUUACGUUUGACAGAGCCACGCAGCAGUGCAAAAUUGUCUCUCUUUCAAGUGGCAGCGUGCUACCCAGGUAUGGCCAACUUGUGGACGAGGACAGCCUGGGAAGCAUGGUGAACUGCGAUGAUUUUCUCAACAUGAACGUCCGCUAUCGACACACUUUCGCUUUGAAGUCUCCCAAUAGAGAUUAUAUUCCUCUGCUCUUGGAGUUAUACGAUAAGGAAGGCAAUUUGCUCAAGCAGGAGUUCUUCCAAAUUCUGGUGCGGAUUAAAGAGGGACAGGAUAACACAGCUCCUAAACCCAGCUUUGUGGCUAUGAUGAUGAUGGAAGUGGACCAGUUUGUCAUGACGGCCAUUACCACGGAUAUGCUGGCUGCAGAGGACAUCGAAUCUAAUCCUGAUGAGUUAAUUUUCAACAUUACGUCACCUUUGUCCUUUGAGGAGGGUUACAUAGUCAGCACGGACGACAGGAAUUUACCAAUAACGUCGUUCUACCAAGGGGACCUGAAAGACUUGAAAAUCGCCUACAAGCCCCCCGCGGUGGACUCGGAAGCGGAGCGGAUUUUCCAGAUUGAGUUCGAGGUGGUGGACACAGAAGGGGCAGUCUCGGAUGCUUUCGCUUUUAUGAUCGUGGUGAAGCCCAUGAACACUUUAGCUCCAGUCGUAACGCGAAAUACAGGGCAGUUGCUGUACGAAGGCCAGUCCAGACCUCUUUCCAGUUCACAAAAUUUGGAAAUUAGCGACGAGGAUAACUUAGAAAACGUUAAAAUUACAGUUAUUGACGGGUUGAGGCAUGGACUUUUGACCGUUCUUGGUUCUCGUCGAAAAUUUUUCACUCCAGCCGACCUCGACGCGGGAAUUGUGAUUUACCAACACGACGGUAGCGAUACUUACAGCGAUAAUAUCAUUUUUCGAAUGACCGACGGCACUAACGAAGUAGAGUUUUUGUUCCCGAUUACCGUUGUUCCGACUGACGACGAGCCCCCGAUCAUCAACGCUAAUACCGGAUUGGUUUUAUUCAAAAAUCAAAUGAUGCCCAUCUCCUCGUUAAUGCUAAGUUCGGCCGAUAUAGACUCGGAAGAUUCGACGAUUAAAUUCGUAUUAGAAGCUCCGUUUUCUACAAUCGGGGAGGUUCUUUUGCGCCAAGCCGAAGCACCCGAAGAUCCGUCAACGUGGCGGUUUCAUACUGAGGAUGAAAUGUACGAGAAAGUAGUUACGGAAUGGUUACAGCAAGAUAUAAUGGACGGAAAACUAUUUUAUAAACACACAGGCCCGCAUAGUACAAGUACAGUUAUGGACCAGUUCGUUUUUAGGGUUCAAGACGAUAAUGAUCCGCCCAACCAAUCAGAGCAAAGUUCGUUUAUUAUCAAAAUUAUCCCCGUUGAUGAUUUGCCUCCGGAGCUGUACCCGGGCACCACUUUGCAAAUGACCGUACAUGAGUAUCAGCUAACUCACUUCCGCAAAAAAUUCUUACGCUACAGCGAUUUGGAUUCCGAGGAUAGAGAUCUUAAGUAUACGAUUGUACAACCUCCGACCGAUACCGACGAGAAUAGCCCGGUUGUGUUAGGAACUUUAGUACUGACAGAACAGCCGGACACCGAAGUUGUAACUUUUACCCAGGCGCAAAUCAACCAUCAUAAAAUUGCGUACAAACCGCCGGAUUUGGAGCUUGGAAUUACCACUCACAUCUUGCAGUUUAAGUACAUUGUCGAGGACAUAUCCGGAAAUCACGUCGAUGGAGUUUUCACGAUUUUUCUCAAGCCUGUCGAUAACACGCCGCCUCAAAUAACAAAUUCGGGGUUUAAUUUGCUUGAACGCGGAACUCACAUUAUAUCAAGUACCGAGCUUUACACGACCGACACGGAUACUGAUAGUAAACAAAUAUUAUUUACCGUUACGCAACCUCCUACACACGGGCAUAUUCAGUACACGUACAUCGACAUGAUAAAGGGAAGCACUUUUAACCUCGACGAUAUCGAAACCGGAAGGAUUUCUUAUACUCAUAACGGCGACGAAUCGACCGUAGAUUCUGUUAUUUUAGACGUAAGCGAUGGCGUCCACGUUGUCCCGAUUACGAUCAAAAUUAACGUGAAACCGGUAGACGACGAAGUGCCGAUUAUCUCUCUCCCGCCCGGCACUAUUGGCUCAACGAUGGAAGUUCUCGAAAAUAGCGCGACGGAAAUUACGAGUAACGUCAUCCAAGGUCGCGAUGAGGAUACAGAUGAUUUAAGGUUGACUUUUAUUGUUGAGGAUCCGCCGUUGCUCGGGCAGAUUCUGGUCCGGGGGGCUCCUGCUAACAAAUUCACACAAGCGGAUAUUAUUAAUGGCUUUGUGGUUUAUGCGCAUACGAGCGGCGAAAUCGGCAUGGUGACAAAAGAGGACUAUUUUAAUCUAACUUUGACGGACAUGUCGGAUGAAUGGACGGUGGGUGGGAAUAAAAUCACAGGGGUCAGAGUUCACGUUACCAUUCUCCCGUUGGACAGCCAGGCUCCGGAAGUCUUUGUGGGUGAGCGCUUUUCCGUCGUUGAAGGCGAGAAAAGUCCAAUCGAAAGCGUUCACAUCACCGCCAACGACGUGGACACGCUAAGCGACGAUCUUCUUUGCACGAUCAUAGUCCAGCCGACGUCCGGUUACGUGGAAAACAUCUCGCCCGCCCCGGGGUCCGAAAAAUCCCGAUCAGGCACCGCCAUAAGCGCGUUCACGAUCAAAGACAUCAAGAAGAGUCAUAUUUACUACGUCCAAAGCAUUCACAAAGGUGUAGAGCCCGUAGAGGACAGGUUCACUUUCAGAUGCUCGGACGGUAUCAAUUUUUCCGAGAGACACUUUUUCCCGAUUUCCAUAAUUCCUUCUAAUGAUGAGAAGCCGGAGAUUUACAUGAGAGAGUUUGUAGUGAUGGAAGGCAUGAAUAUAGUCAUAGACACUCCGAUUCUGAAUGGGGCCGACGCGGAUCUCCCCUCGGAUCAGCUCACUUUCAUUAUCAGCAAACCCCCCAAGCACGGAUUUAUUCUCAAUCAACUCACCACCGGCACCGUUCCCGUCUUCAACUUCACCUUGGAUGAGAUAAGAGAGGCUUCCAGCAUUGUGUACGAGCACGAUGAUUCCGAAACCACGGAGGACAGCUUUGAUAUAAUUCUCACGGAUGGAAAGUUCAGCGUCGAAAAGACUGUAAUCGUCAUGGUGAUCCCCGUAGAUGAUGAAACGCCCAGAAUGGCUAUAAACGACGGGCUUGAAAUUGAAAUAGGAGAGGUAAAAGUGAUCACCAACAAUGUUUUAAAAGCGACUGACCUAGAUUCCGAAGAUAGCACGCUGAUUUAUAUUAUCCGGUACGGGCCCGGGCAGGGAUACUUGCAGAAAUCAACUCCGUAUGGAACUUUUCAAAACCUCACCGUCGGAAUGAACUUCACGCAAAAUGAUAUUGACCUCGGAGUUAUCGUUUACAUCCACAACGGGCAAGAAGGCAUUCGCGAUCUGAUCAAAUUUGACGUUACCGAUGGAUUAAACCCUUUGAUCGACAGGUACUUUUACGUAACAGUGGGCGGGAUCGACAUGGUAUUCCCAGAUGUUGUCAGCAAAGGUGUUUCGCUAAAAGAAGGCGGGAGAGUUACGUUAACGACAGACCUCCUCAGCACCACAGAUUUGAAUAGCCCGGAUGAACAUUUGGUUUUCACGAUCACCCGAGCGCCGAUGAGGGGUCACUUGGAGUGCACGGACACGCCGGGAAUGCCGAUAUCGUCCUUUACGCAACUCCAGCUCGCCGGGAACAAAGUCUUCUACAUCCACACGGCUGACGACGAAGUCAAAAUGGAUAGUUUUGAGUUUGAGGUGACCGAUGGCUAUAAUCCCAUCUUCAGAACGUUUCGUAUUUCGAUAACCGACGUCGAUAACAAAAAGCCGGUCGUCACGGUUCACGGUUUGGUCGUAACGGAAGGCGAGAACAAGCUCAUCACGCCAUUCGAGCUAACGGUUGAAGAUAGAGACACCGCCGAUCGACAUUUAAAGUUCACGAUCACUCAAGUCCCAAUUCACGGAAAACUACUUUUUAACAACACAAAACCGGUCAAUAGUUUCACCAAACAAGACCUGAACGAAAAUAUGAUCAGCUACAAACACGACGGAACGGAAAGCGCCGAAGAUAGCUUUUCGUUUACAGUUACAGACGGAACUCACGUGGACUUUUACGUUUUUCCCGAUACCGUAUUUGAAACACGUAAGCCACAAGUGAUGAAAAUUACAGUGCUGCCCGUGGACAAUGGCGUUCCACAGAUCGUGGUGAAUAAAGGCGCGACAACACUUAAGAUUCUGGAGAGCGGACAUUUUGGGUUCGUCUUCACCAGUAAGACUCUGAAAGCCGAGGACAGGGACAGUCUCCAGAACGCGGUGAUUUUCCGAGUGACUACCCCUCCGCUGCACGGAUACCUGAUCAACCAAAGCAAAGGGAACGCUACGAUUACAAGCUUCACGCAAGCGGACAUCGACGACAUGAGCAUCUGCUACGUCCUGAAACACGGAGACAAUUCCACCAGUGACAUCUUCUCCUUCUCCAUCGAGGACGGCGGGGGGAACCGUCUGAAGCAGCAGCAGUUCCGUCUGCACUGGGCCUGGAUCUCUCUGGAGCAUCCUCAGUACGUGGUGCAGGAGGAGGCCAAGUUCCUGGAAGUGGUGCUCAAACGCAGAGGCUAUCUCGGGGAAACCUCCUUUGUCAGUAUCGGCACCAGAGACGGCACAGCGGUGAAGGACAAGGACUUCCGCGGUAAAGCCCAGCGGCAGGUGCAGUUUAACCCGGGCCAGAGCAGCGCUGUGUGGCGGGUGAGGCUCCUGUCUGACCUGGAGUACGAGGUGUCAGAGGACUUCCACAUCGUUUUGUCGGAGGCGGUCAUGGCCGUGCUGGAGUCUCCUCACGAGGCCCGCGUGCAGAUACUCGACCCAGAGGACGAAUCCACGGUCUUCAUCCCGUCUGCCGUUUACAACAUCGAGGAAGACAUCGGGGAGCUGUUUAUUCCCGUGAGGAGGAGCGGAGACGUCAGCCAGGAGCUCAUGGUCGUCUGCUACACACAACAAGUCUCGGCCACAGGCACCGUGCCCACCACCGUGCUGUCCUACUCAGACUACAUCUCCAGACCCGAGGACCACCACAGCCUUCUGCGCUUUGACCGCGGAGAGGAGGAGAAGCCCUGCCGAGUCCUGAUCAUCGACGACUCCCUGUACGAGGAGGAGGAGAGCUUCAACGUCAGCCUGAGCAUGCCCAUGGGAGGAAGGCUCGGGCACCAGUACCCCAGUGCUCGCGUCAACAUAGUGCCGGACAUGGACGACGCUCCGAUCUUCUACCUGGGCAACACGGACUACCACGUGGAUGAGAGCGCUGGUUUCUUGGAGCUGCAGGUGUGGAGGACGGGCACAGACCUCUCCAGCUCGGGCAGCGUGACGGUGCACUCGAGGAGGACCAACCCGGUGUCUGCAGAGGCGGGCGUGGACUACGUGGGGAUCAGCCGUAGCCUGGACUUCGCUCCGGGGGUGAUGAUGCAGAAGGUGAAGGUGGUGAUCCUGGAUGACCUGGGCCAGCCGGUGCUCGAGGGCCCCGAGAAGUUUGAGCUGGUGCUGAGGAUGCCCAUGAACGGGAUCCUGGGCCAGCCGAGCAAGUCCACCGUCACCAUCAACGACUCCAUCUCUGACUUGCCUGAGAUGCAGUUUGGCUCGGCGCUGUACUCGGUGUCAGAGAGCUCGGGUCAGGUCUCGGUGCCGGUGCUGCGCUCUGGGGACCUGAGCCACAGCUCCAGUGUGCGCUGCUACAGCCGACAGGGAUCCGCUCAGGUCAUGAUGGACUUCACAGAGAGACCCAACACGGACGCCUCCAUCAUCACCUUCCUCCCAGGAGAGCGUGAGAAACCCUGCGUCCUGGAGAUCGUGGACGACACAGAGUACGAGGAGGAGGAGGAGCUGAGGCUGGUCCUGGGCACUGCCAAGAGCCAGUCUGCAUUUGGGGCAUCUGUGGGCAAACAGAACGAAACGCUGAUCAAGAUCAAAGACGACUCAGACAAGUCCAUCAUCCGUUUUGGAGAGACCAAGUUCAGUGUGAGCGAGCCCCGGGAGAGUGGGCAGGUGUCCGUGCUCAGGGUCCCAGUGCAGCGUCUGGGGGACACCUCCAAAGUGUCCGUGGUCCGGGUGCACACCAAGGACGGAUCUGCCACCUCCGGAGAGGACUACCACCCCAUAUCCCAGGAGAUCGUGUUCAAAGACGGAGAGACGGUGCACUACGUGGAGGUGGAGGUUCUGUACGACGGGGUGAGGGAGAUGAGAGAGGCCUUCACUGUGCACCUCAGACCCGACGAGAACAUGGUCGCUGAGACAAAGCUGAGUAAAGCCAUCAUCUACAUCGAGGAGAGCAACAGCAUGGCGGACGUGACCUUCCCCUCCGUGCCCACAGUCCUGUCCCUGCUCCAGUACGACCACGCAGACGGCUCCAGGGACCAGAGCCCGCCCGCUGGGUACCCCGUCGUCUGUGUCACGGCCUGUAACCCCAAAUACCCCGACUACGACAAAACCGGCUCCAUCUGCGUCAGCGAAAGCAUCAACAACACCCUGACCCGGUACCGCUGGCUCGUGAGCGCCCCCACCGGACCGGACGGCGUCACCAGCCCCAUGAGGGAGGUGGACUUCAACACGUUCUUCACCUCCUCCAAGCUCAUCACCCUGGACUCGGUGUACUUCCAGGCGGGCUCCAGGGUCCAGUGCGCGGCCAGGGCGGUGAACGGGGACGGGGAGGAGGGGCUGGAGCUGAGCAGUCCCAUCGUCACCAUCAGCCUGCAGGAAGGGAUGUGCCAGUCGAGGGUGCCCGGAGCUGUGGGCGCUGAACCCUUCUCCGCCCGCCUCAGGUACACGGGAGCAGAGGACCCAGAGCACCCCAACCUCAUCAAACUCACCGUCACCAUGCCUCACAUCGAUGGAAUGCUGCCUGUCGUUUCCACUCGGCCUCUGUCCAACUUCGAACUGACCCUGAGUCCGGACGGGACCAGAGUGGGGAACCAUCGCUGCUCCAACCUCCUGGACCACACCGAGGUCACCACACGGCACGGCUUCCUCACCCCGGCCACCAAGAACUCGGAGGUGAUCGGAGAGACCGCCCCCUACCAGUACAGCCCGGCACUGCGGGGGGCCGGCACGCUCCGCUUCUACAGGAACCUCAACCUGGAGGCCUGUCUGUGGGAGUUCAGCAGCUACUACGACAUGUCCGAACUGCUCAGCGACUGUGGGGGGACCAUCUCCACUGACGGACAGGUGCUGAACUUGGUCCAGUCCUACGUCACCCUGCGCGUCCCUCUACACGUGUCCUACGUGUUCCACUCUCCGGUGGGGGCGGGCGGCUGGCAGCACUUCGACCUGCAGUCCGAGCUUCGCCUCACCUUUGUGUACGACACCGCCAUCUUGUGGAGGGACGGCAUCGGCAGCCCCCCGGAGGCCGAGCUGCAGGGAGCGCUGUACCCCACCAGCAUGAGGAUCAACGCACAGGGACGCCUCGUGGUCAACUUCAGAACUGAGGCUCGCUUCAGAGGACUGUUCGUUUACUCACAUGGAGCGUCGCCUUUGACCUCCAUGGUGAUGUGUGCGGAUCAUCCCGGUUUGACCUUUAACCUGACCCUGGUGAGGAGCGAGCCCACGUACAACCAGCCCAUCCAGCAGUGGACCUUUGUGUCAGAUUUUGCAGUGCGGGAUUACUCUGGGACCUACACAGUGAAGCUGGUCCCCUGCACGUCCCCUCCCAGCCUGGAGUACACCCUCCCCCCUGUGUGCAACCCCCGAGAGCCCGUGACCUUUGACCUGGACAUACGCUUCCAACAAGUGAGUGAUCCUGUAGCAGCAGAGUUCAGCCUGAACACUCAGCUCCUGUUACUGUCCAAGAAAACCCUGUGGCUCUCAGACGGAUCCAUGGGCUUCGGGCAGGAGAGCGACACCGCCUUCUCUCAAGGUGACGUGAUCUACGGGCGUGUGAUGGUGGACCCUGUGCAGAACCUGGGACACUCGUUCAUGUGUAACAUAGAAAAGGUGUUCCUGUGCACUGGGGCGGACGGAUACGUGCCGAAGUACAACCCCACGCAGGGAGAGUUCGGCUGCCUGGCUGAUGCGCCGUCGCUGCUCUACAGGUUCAAAAUCAUCGACAAGGCCCAGCCGGAGACGCAGGCACGCUCCUUUGGCAGUGUUGCGUUCAAUGCCCUGCUGGCGGUGGACGAUCCCAGCGCUCUGCCUCUGGUCCGACAGCCAGGAUCAGACGGAUUCAAGCUGGACUCCACGGCUCUGUUCCAGGUCUCUGCCGGUCGCGAGUGGUACAUCCACACCAUCUACACCGUGCGCUCCAGAGAAAGCUCCAACCGCGGAAUCGGCAAGAGGAGCCUGGAAUACCACCACGCCCUCUCCUCGCGCCCCAACCACGGCCGCCACCUUCUGUCCAAACGCUCCGGCCAAGACCUCCCGGACAUCGCGGACCAGAUCGGCGAAUCCAACAACCGCGGGACCAACAUCCUGCACAUCGCCCUGGACCGGAGCAGCCAAGUCCGAACCAGCCCGGAGAAGGAGGUGAUAACCAAAGGGAUCAUUCCGAGAGAAGUGAACCAAAACAGAGACAGCGACGAUAAGUUAGUGCUCAUCAUCGGAGUUCUGGUGGGGCUGCUGCUCACGGUGCUCAUCGUAAUCUUGGUGGUUUUACUGGUGAGGUCCAAACGCGGCCGAAAGGACACGCCCAAAAAUUCGACCAGCGCGGAGCCGAUGGUGACGCAAGGAGGCAACGACAGCUCGGAAGUUUGA